GGGCGGGUGACGUGUAGGUCCGCGCCUGCUCCGCCCCCUUCCUCCUCGCUGGAUUUGUAGGUCUGUCUGGUGGUCGGGGCGCUGUACUCUUUUAGUGGGAGCGACCCCGGCGAGCCCAGGUUGAGGUGCGGAAGAAGGCACAACGGUGCAGCUGCCGGAAUCUUCAGCUCUCUUCGCUCCCCACCCGGCGUGGGAAGUAAAAAUGAAAACGAAAGGGAGGUAGGCGCGGAGGUAGGAGCUGACCGAGUGAUGGGAAGCGCGUGAGCUGGGGCCGAAAGUUUCAGGUUUCUCCUUGUAUGGAUCACUGAUUGAAUAAUAGAUGGCUUUACCUCGUCUCACAGGAGCUUUGCGCUCCUUUUCAAAUGUCACCAAGCAAGAUAAUUAUAAUGAAGAAGUGGCUGACUUAAAGGUGAAGCGGUCUAAACUUCAUGAACAAAUUGUAGACUUGGAUGUUACAUGGAAGAAGAUAGUAAAAUUUUUGAAUGAAAAACUGGAGAAGAGUGAAAUGCAAAGUGUAAAUGAAGACUUAAAAGAUAUAUUGCAGGCUGCAAAACAAAUAGUUGGAAUAGAUAAUGGUAAAGAAGCAAUUGAAAGUGCGGCUGCAUUUCUCUUCAAGACAUUUCACUUGAAGGACUCUGUCGGUCACAAAGAGACAAAGGCUAUCAAACAGAUGUUUGGUCCUUUUCCAUCAUCAUCUGCCACUGCAGCUUGUAAUGCUACUAAUCGAAUUAUUUCUCGUUUUCGUCAAGACAAUCUUACUGCUCUUAUCCAGAUGACAGAAGAAGAAUAUGGUGAUAGAAUUUUAUUUGGUAAAAAUUUAGCAUUUUCAUUUGACAUGCAUGAUUUGGACCACUUUGACGAACUGCCAAUAAAUGGUGAACCCCAGAAAACUAUAAGCCUUGAUUAUAAGAAGUUUCUGAAUGAACAUUUUCAGGAGCAGUCUACACCAGAGCUCAAGCCUGUGGAAAAAACAAACGACUCCUUUUUGUGGUGUGAAGUUGAGAAGUACUUAAAUGCAACUUUAAAUGAAAUGGCUGAAGCAACAAGAAUAGAAGAUCUUUGCUGUACCUUAUAUGAUAUGCUUGCUUCUGUUAAAAGUGGUGAUGAACUUCAGAAUGAGCUAUUUGAACUGCUGGGACCUGAUGGACUUGAACUUAUUGAGAAACUCCUCCAGAACAGAAUUACAAUUGUGGAUAGAUUUCUUAAUUCUUCAAAUGAUCAUAAGUUGCAGGCUCUUCAAGACAGUUGCAAAAAAAUUUUAGGAGAAAAUGCUAAACCUAACUAUGGUUGUCAAGUUACCAUUCAGUCUGAACAAGAAAAGCAAUUAAUGAAACAGUAUCGUCGUGAAGAAAAAAGAAUUGCCAGACGAGAAAAAAAGGCUGGAGAAGAUGGAGAAAUUGCAGAAGGAGUUAUGUGCUUUGAUCCUAAGGAAUUGCGGAUACAAAGAGAGCAGGCACUUAUGAAUGCUAGAAGUGUUCCAAUUCUGAGUAGGCAGAGAGACAUGGACGUUGAAAAAAUACGUUAUCCCCAUGUUUAUGAUUCCCAGGCUGAAGCCAUGAGAACAUCAGCAUUCAUUGCUGGUGCAAAGAUGAUUUUACCAGAAGGAAUUCAAAGAGAGAAUAACAAGAUGUAUGAAGAAGUAAAGAUUCCCUAUAGUGAACCAAUGCCAGUUGGCUUUGAGGAAAAACCAGUUUAUAUCCAAGACUUAGAUGAGAUUGGGCAGCUGGCUUUUAAAGGAAUGAGGAGACUCAAUAGAAUCCAGUCAAUUGUGUUUGAGACUGCCUACAACACCAAUGAGAACAUGCUGAUUUGUGCCCCUACUGGGGCUGGAAAGACCAACAUUGCAAUGCUUACAGUUCUGCAUGAAAUUCGCCAACAUUUUCAACAAGGUGUUAUCAAAAAGAAUGAAUUUAAGAUUGUAUAUGUUGCUCCAAUGAAAGCCUUGGCAGCUGAAAUGACAAAUUACUUCAGCAAACGUCUAGAGCCACUGGGCAUCGUUGUGAAAGAAUUGACUGGGGAUAUGCAGUUGUCAAAAAAUGAAAUUUUACGAACUCAGAUGCUUGUUACCACACCAGAAAAAUGGGAUGUAGUGACAAGAAAGAGUGUUGGAGACGUAGCUCUUUCCCAAAUUGUAAAGCUCCUUAUUCUUGAUGAAGUUCAUUUGCUGCAUGAAGAUAGAGGACCAGUAUUAGAAAGCAUAGUGGCACGUACUUUACGGCAGGUGGAAUCCACACAGAGUAUGAUAAGGAUUCUUGGGCUCUCUGCGACCUUACCCAACUACCUUGAUGUUGCUACAUUUUUACACGUUAAUCCCUGUAUUGGACUUUUCUACUUUGAUGGCCGUUUUCGACCAGUUCCUCUUGGACAGACAUUUCUGGGAGUUAAAAGUGCAAAUAAGGUGCAACAAUUGAAUAACAUGGAUGAAGUAUGUUAUGAAAGUGUUUUGAAGCAAGUAAAGGCUGGACACCAGGUGAUGGUGUUUGUGCAUGCUCGAAAUGCUACUGUAAGAACAGCUAUGUCUCUAAUAGAAAGAGCAAAAAAUAGUGGUCAGAUUUCCUGCUUUUUACCUACCCAAGGAACUGAAUAUGGACAUGCAGAAAAACAGGUGCAGAAGUCAAGAAACAAACAAGUACGAGAAUUAUUUCCAGAUGGUUUUAGUAUUCAUCAUGCAGGAAUGCUUCGGCAGGACAGAAACUUGGUUGAAAAUUUGUUUUCUAAUGGGCAUAUCAAAGUUCUAGUCUGUACAGCUACAUUAGCCUGGGGUGUCAAUCUUCCUGCUCACGCUGUUAUUAUUAAGGGAACACAAAUAUAUGCUGCAAAAAGAGGCUCUUUUGUUGACCUUGGAAUUUUAGAUGUCAUGCAGAUAUUUGGUCGAGCUGGAAGACCACAAUUUGACAGAUUUGGAGAAGGAAUCAUCAUAACAACACAUGACAAACUCAGCCAUUACCUCACUUUGCUCACUCAACAAAACCCAAUUGAGAGUCAGUUUCUGGAAAGCCUUGCAGAUAACCUAAAUGCAGAGAUUGCUCUGGGAACAGUUACUAAUGUGGAAGAAGCAGUGAAGUGGAUAAGUUACACUUAUCUUUAUGUACGGAUGAGAGCAAAUCCAUUAGUAUAUGGCAUCAGUCACAAGGCUUAUCAGAUUGACCCAACAUUAGCAAAGCACCGAGAACAGUUGGUCAUUGAAGUUGGACGAAAACUAGACAAAGCUCGGAUGAUUCGUUUUGAAGAGCGAACUGGAUAUUUUUCCUCAACUGAUUUGGGUAGAACUGCUAGCCACUACUAUAUUAAGUACAACACCAUUGAGACCUUCAAUGAACUCUUUGAUGCUCACAAAACAGAAAGUGAUAUUUUUGCUAUAGUCUCCAAAGCUGAAGAAUUUGAUCAAAUCAAGGUCAGAGAAGAGGAAAUAGAAGAGCUAGAUGCCUUAUUAAACAAUUUCUGUGAACUCUCGGCUCCUGGAGGUGUAGAGAACAGUUAUGGGAAAAUAAACAUCCUACUUCAAACUUAUAUCAGCCGAGGAGAGAUGGACAGUUUCUCCCUUAUAUCAGAUUCUGCAUAUGUUGCACAGAAUGCAGCUAGAAUUGUUCGUGCUCUUUUUGAAAUUGCUCUGAGGAAACGUUGGCCUGCCAUGACCUACAGGCUCCUGAAUCUUAGUAAAGUCAUUGACAAGAGGCUUUGGGGUUGGGCUAGCCCUUUGAGACAGUUUUCAGUGUUACCACCACACAUUCUAACAAGAUUAGAAGAAAAAAACCUUACUGUGGAUAAGCUGAAAGACAUGAGGAAAGAUGAAAUAGGUCACAUGCUGCAUCAUGUGAAUAUUGGGCUCAAGGUCAAACAAUGUGUUCAUCAGAUUCCUUCUGUUACAAUGGAAGCAUCCAUUCAGCCCAUCACACGGACUGUCCUCCGAGUGACGCUCAGCAUCUGUCCUGAUUUUACUUGGAAUGAUCAGGUCCAUGGGACAGUAGGAGAACCUUGGUGGAUUUGGGUAGAAGAUCCUACAAAUGACCAUAUUUAUCAUUCAGAGUAUUUUAUAGUUCUAAAAAAACAGGUUAUUAGUAAAGAAGCUCAACUACUGGUGUUUACAAUCCCUAUUUUUGAGCCUUUGCCUUCCCAAUACUACAUCCGAGCAGUGUCUGAUAGAUGGUUAGGAGCUGAGGCUGUAUGCAUUAUCAACUUUCAACAUCUGAUUCUACCAGAGAGACAUCCUCCUCAUACAGAAUUACUGGAUCUUCAGCCUUUACCAAUCACAGCUUUGGGAUGUGAAGCAUAUGAAGCACUAUACAACUUUAGCCACUUUAACCCUGUGCAGACACAAAUAUUUCAUACCCUGUACCACACAGACUGUAAUGUCCUCCUUGGAGCACCCACUGGAUCAGGAAAGACUGUUGCUGCUGAAUUAGCCAUUUUCAGAGUCUUCAACAAGUACCCUACUUCAAAGGCAGUGUAUAUUGCACCCUUAAAAGCUCUUGUACGUGAAAGAAUGGAUGAUUGGAAAGUUAGAAUAGAAGAAAAACUUGGUAAAAAAGUUAUUGAACUAACCGGGGAUGUGACUCCUGAUAUGAAAUCCAUUGCUAAGGCUGACCUUAUCGUCACUACACCAGAGAAGUGGGAUGGAGUCAGUAGAAGCUGGCAAAAUAGGAACUAUGUGAAGCAAGUCACUAUUCUCAUCAUAGAUGAGAUCCAUCUGCUUGGGGAGGAAAGAGGCCCUGUUCUAGAAGUCAUUGUAUCUCGAACAAAUUUCAUCUCAUCACACACAGAAAAGCCUGUUAGAAUAGUUGGACUAUCUACUGCAUUAGCUAAUGCCAGAGACCUUGCUGAUUGGCUCAACAUUCAUCAGAUGGGCUUGUUCAAUUUCCGACCAUCAGUACGUCCAGUUCCACUGGAAGUUCACAUUCAAGGCUUCCCAGGUCAACAUUACUGUCCUCGUAUGGCUAGUAUGAAUAAGCCUACAUUUCAAGCAAUUAGAAGCCAUUCUCCAGCCAAACCUGUUUUGAUAUUUGUCUCAUCAAGACGUCAAACUCGUCUUACUGCUUUGGAAUUGAUAGCUUUUCUGGCUACUGAAGAAGAUCCAAAGCAGUGGUUGAAUAUGGAUGAAAGAGAGAUGGAGAACAUCAUUGGAACGCUAAGAGAUUCCAACCUGAAGCUGACACUUGCUUUCGGAAUAGGAAUGCAUCAUGCUGGACUACAUGAGAGGGACCGAAAAACAGUAGAGGAGCUAUUUGUAAACUGUAAAGUUCAGGUUCUUAUUGCUACAAGUACAUUAGCCUGGGGUGUAAACUUUCCAGCUCACUUAGUAAUUAUUAAGGGAACAGAAUAUUAUGAUGGAAAAACAAGGCGCUAUGUGGAUUUUCCCAUUACAGAUGUACUCCAGAUGAUGGGGCGUGCUGGAAGGCCUCAGUUUGAUGACCAAGGCAAAGCUGUAAUUCUGGUUCAUGACAUAAAGAAAGACUUUUACAAAAAAUUUCUUUAUGAACCUUUCCCAGUAGAGUCAAGCUUAUUAGGAGUGCUCUCUGACCAUUUAAAUGCAGAGAUUGCUGGUGGUACAAUUACAUCUAAGCAAGAUGCAAUGGAUUAUAUCACUUGGACUUACUUUUUCCGACGUCUUAUCAUGAACCCCAGCUACUACAAUUUGAGUGAUGUGAGCCAUGAUUCUGUGAAUAAAUUUCUGUCCGGUCUGGUUGAGAAGUCUCUGGUUGAAUUGGAACUUUCCUACUGUAUUGAAAUUGGAGAGGAUAAUCGGAGCAUUGAACCUCUGACAUAUGGCCGCAUUGCCUCUUACUACUAUUUGAAGCACCAAACAGUUAAAAUGUUCAAAGAGCGUUUGAAACCUGAAUGUGGUACUGAAGAAUUGCUUUCAAUUCUGAGUGAUGCAGAAGAAUACACAGAUUUGCCAGUAAGACACAAUGAAGAUCAUAUGAAUAGCGAACUGGCAAAAUGUCUUCCCUUUGAAUCAAAUCCUCAUUCAUAUGAUAGCCCUCACACCAAAGCACAUCUCCUACUACAGGCACAUCUCAGCAGAACCAUGCUGCCCUGCCCAGAUUAUGACACUGAUACCAAAACAGUCUUGGACCAAGCACUCAGAGUAUGUCAGGCAAUGUUGGAUGUGGCUGCAAACCAGGGCUGGCUGGUGACUGCCCUGAAUAUCACCAAUCUGGUUCAGAUGGUGAUCCAGGGUCGGUGGUUAAAAGACUCUUCUCUUCUUUCAGUACCAAACAUAGAACACCACCAUCUUCACAUUUUCAGAAUAGAUUUGAGAGAUCUGGAAAUCCAUUGUCAAAGGAAAUGGAGCACAGGCACAAAAGGCGGACGUACUGGGUGCCAUGGCUUCAUCGAGUGCCUUCCUGAAUUGCUCCAUGCCUGUGGAGGGAAGGACCAUGUAUUCAGCUCAAUGAUGGAAAAUGAGCUAACAGCUGUAAAAAUGAAGCAGGCAUGGAAUUUCUUAUCCCACUUGCCGGUGAUAGAUGUUGGCCUAAGUGUUAAAGGCUGGUGGGAUGACUCAGUGGAAGGACAUGGUGAACUUUCUAUCACAACUCUGACUUCAGACAAACGAAAUGACAACAGGUGGAUCAAAUUGCAUGCUGAUCAAGAGUAUGUGCUUCAAGUCAGCUUGCAGAGAGUCCACUUUGGGUUCCACAAGGGAAAGCAAGACAGCCACGCAGUUACCCCCCGAUUUCCCAAAUUGAAAGAUGAAGGAUGGUUUUUGAUAUUAGGAGAAGUGGAUAAGAGAGAACUUAUUGCUUUGAAAAGAGUGGGAUAUGUUCGAAACCAUCACGUUGUUUCCAUUUCUUUUUAUACUCCGGAACUACCUGGAAGGUAUAUCUACACACUGUAUCUCAUGAGCGACUGCUACCUUGGCCUGGACCAGCAGUAUGACAUUCAUCUCAAUGUCACACCAGCGAGUAUUUCUGCCCAGGUCAAUGAGGAGAUCUCUGAUGCCUUGAUUGACCUGAAAGUGAAGUAACCUGACCCGAACAGUCCAUUUGAGAGAAUUGGUUAAGAAGUCUGGCUGUUCAUCUAGACAAAGUCGAAUUGCUUAAUGUUUGCCUUGGUGGAAUCAACUUCUAACCUCAAGACACCCAGGAAAUUGACGGUGGCUGCAGUAUUGACUCCAGCAACACAAAGUCAGCUGCGGUGGCCUUUUAACAAAUGUUGCCUUUCAAAAUGUUGUCUUCGUGAGUUUCUUGAUAUGUAAAAUGAACACACGUGUAGGAAAACCUUUUGUGUAUAUUGAGAUGAUAUUUAGGAAUUAUCCAUCAAAUCUUACAUCUCACGGUGUAAUGUUUACAAGAAUGUUCGUUUCUUAUUUUCUAAGGAAAACUACACUGAGACAUGACAGUGUUAGGAUUUGUUGUAACAGAUUUCUAGCCCUGCAGCAUAAAAUACAUAAGACAAAUCUGUAUGGAGACAUAUAAUAUGGGUUGUUAGCAAAAUUUAUACUUUGAUCACAUGGAGUUUCAAGAAUUUCUUAUAGUCAAAAAUGUUAAUAAUAUAUGAUGUAAAAUUAUAUUGCAGAGCCCAAUGAUGAUAAGGAAAGCAAAAUAUACUGAUCUUAGAAAAUGUGGAUACUAUAACUGGUGGAAAUAAAAUAUUUAGAGUGCCACUUCAAGACAAGCUGACUCAAUUAUCUCGCCUGCUUCCUUCCCAUUUGUUCCCCCCACUCUUCUUUUCAUUACCUCUGCUUCAAGACUUUACUUCCAUAAUCUUUCUGAUAUUUAUUUAUACAAGGUGAGAAGUACAGUGUAACUUGUGUUAUAACAUGGAGAGUACGUAGUUUUAUUAUCAUGAUGACUUAUUAUUUAUGGAAAAGAAGAAUGAAAUAUUGUUAUGUAGCAUGGAUCUUGGGUACUACAGUUAUUGUAAAACUUCAAAUUAUCAUAAAGCCUUUUCAGCCUGA